AUGUGUACAGUGCCGCUCGCGGAGGAGUGCGUCGACCGUCGAGAAACCGAGAUAGAGAUCGACCUGUGGGAGGAAGGAGGGCCAGAGAAGGAGAAUGGGGAUCACCUUGGGCAGGUGGUUUUGUCUGGGGACUUCGUGCCGCACCUAGCACACGGCGCGGUGGUGUGUCGCCCCCUUCGUCCGCAGCGCUCUCACCGGAGCACGAGCAACCCGGCCGUUAGGGGGUCACUCAGUUUCCAGUUGUGGCUUCGACGGGGCGGGGAGAGCCUCGCAUCGGAGUUCGUCCACUCUGCGCUCACGGUGGAGGUGCUCGCGGCCAAAGGAUUGCCACCGCGAUCAGGAGGAUGGCGACGGGCAUUUUGCAUCGUGAAAGAAGACGAGGUGGAAAUUGGACGCACUCAAACAUCCGUCAUCGAUGACAUCAGCACGUCGACUAUAGCUGCAGUUACAACAGACAAAGGGGUCUCCAUGCCGGGGGUAGUAUCGUGGGAAGACCACCACAAGGACACCAACCAAUUCGCGGUGACGCUAUCGCCCCGCCGCGGUGGAGGGCUGCCCCUCGAACUCACCGUGGAGAUGUGGGAAACAAGCUUGGCCAAGGAUGAGGAUGGCCAUGAGGAUUCUAUUUCCGUUGGAAAGCGUGCUGCAGGCAACGCAAACGUGACGCUCAUCAGGAGUAGGAAGAACAGACCGGAGCACGAAGGACAGCAAAGCAGCGUCCGACGCAUCGGCACCGCCCGAGUACGUCCUGACACCCUGCUGCUCUCGGUACCAGGACGAGUCUCUCUCCCCCUCGAGCUUUUGCCGGCGAGCUCCAACUCCACGUGUCGAAGCGGUGCUAAAGAGGGCACCAGCAUUUCUCCAGGCGUUGGCGCUGCAGGCACAAAACAAACUGUGAAAGCGAGUAAGGCCGACGAAGCUGGAGCCCUAACGUCAAAAAUUGUCCUGCGCGUCACCCCCCAGGCCGGUCUUGGCUGGGCACGUCGCGUGAUGACGGCAGCCCGGGCCGCAAAACGCUUCCCGUCACCACCAACCCUGUCUCCGGGAACGAAAGUGCUGACAACAUCACCAAACAACCAUACCAGUACAGCACUAUCGGACGACAGCGACGAUGUCCAUGACGCCCACGUGGUCUACAUGACCAACGCUGAGGGGUCGGCGAGAACAUGGCGCGCCCCUGUCACCCCCGGGAACUCUAUCCCUUGCAAGGACUACGAAGAUGUUCUCGAGCUCGUUUUCGCGUCGGUGCCCGCAUGCUGCCCACGGGCGCCAAGCCUCUUCGUCGCGCCGGUUUCCGACAUCGGCGUGCGGCUAGGGAAGGUGUGGAUCGGUCCAAAGAUUGCCGCACGACACGCGCUUGUCGCUCACCGCCCUGAGCACUAUCAACAAACGUCCAGCAACCACAAGAAGAACGACGGCAGCAAAGGCCUGAACGGCGGCGACAAGAAGACCUCUUACCCCUCCUUCGACUGUGGGGAUGUCACUGAGGAACCUCCGCGAGAAGACGAGCUGUUUGUGCGAGUCGUGGCCGCCGAGGCGGAAGGCCUCUUGCGGAACAUCCGGGCAAGAGACAUGCGGGCCGAGCAGCGCAGGAUGACGCUAAGCAGGGUGCGAGAGAUCUGCGACGCUUGGAGCCACGCCCGCGCAAGACGGGGCGACCCUCAGCACCAGGGGACCGCUCAUCCUACGGAUCACGUCAAGCAGGAAGAAGCGCAAAGACUCAGCAGCGCCAGGCACCUUGGUACGGCAGGUUCGCGAGGAGGUGUCAGUAGCGGGGGGAAUGGCGGCGGCGACGAGAGAGAAGGACAAGGUAGCAUGCAGAACCCCGACAGCGAUGACAGCCGGGACAAACGAGGAUCGGACUCAUCCGACGAAGACGAAGACGAUGACGAAGCCGAUGACGACGGCCAUGUAGACGGUCGUGCCUACGGAGAUCUCUACCGGAAGGUUCUGAGGGCCCUAGAGAUAGCCCUCCCGGGGGUGUCCAUCUACAUCGGCCUCCUGGAGAGUGGCGCACAAAGUAUUCGGUACGUGGCGUGCACGAGGCAGUCUUCCAUGGCUGGGAAGCAGCUGAAGCGGGGCGAGGGUAUCAGCUUCUCUUGCGUGGGGCCUUCAUACGCCCCGUACGUUGUGUAUCCCCCGCGCAAACGCGAAGCAUCAAAACAAGGCCGCGCCAUCACCAGCAGCAACAGCCAAGCUAGAGGACCGCCCCGCAAUGAGGAGGAGGAGCGGGAGAACGCGACACCUCAGCCGUUUUCAUCUUCCUCUCUCUCGGAACCCAGCACCACAGAGGCCGUCGAGACAGCUACAGCGGCGGAGAUACCAUCAUCCGAUAGACAUCAAACACCGCACGCCGAGAGAUCGCUAGAAGAAGGCGUCGUUUCCAUCCAGAAAGUGUUUCGAGGGAAGCUUGACCGCGACCGGAUGAAGCACGCUCACCAGCAACAUCCAGCGGCAGCGAACACCUCUAACGGUGGUCGAACGACCUUUGGAGAGGCGGCAACGAAGAAACCGGCAUUGAUGAUCCCUACGGUGUUCGACUACGAGGGUCGCGUGGGGUGGCCGUUCGUAUGUGUGCCGCUAGAGGGGUUCUUGCGGUCGACCUCGAUUGGGGUGAUGGGGAUGGAUACGUUUGAGCAGAUGGGUAACAGCGGGAGCGUGCGCGACCAGCCGGAGACCGGUGUUGUGCGCAUGGUGGCGGAAGCGGCGAGCUGCGACCGUCGGCGGCGCGCACUGAAGGCCGUGGCCGAAUCGUGUCUCAGCUUGAAAUCCUCUCUGAUCGACGUGCUCAUUACGACAGCCAAGGCCGUGGAGGAAUUGAUCAUCCCCUCUUCCCGAGCAGAGGUGUGGAAGGUCGACCCUUCAGACGGGAGUCUGUUCGUCGUUACGAAGCGCUUGCCCGAUCCUACAGACCACCUCCUAAGCGGGGGCGCCACGCAACCGCCGGACGAGCAGUUGUCUUACCGACAACUGAAAGUGGAGGUUACAGCGGCGGAGUUGUCCCCGGCGAUGGCAGCCGAGCCCGUGCGGGCCAUCCAAUCAGUGGCUGUUAGAAUUUCUACGACAACGGGAGAGAGAGGCGUGGGCAGGGACAGCAUCAUUGGCGCUGGAAACAAGGGCAGCAACAGCAAUGCCUUCCGAACGGCACCUUUUUAUGUGAAGCAGCUGAGCACGACGACCUGCUCUCCGCAGUGGUACGAGGGCCACCGCCGCCUCCACGUCACCAACAGCACUACCAACCUGCGGGCCGAGAUUCUUGCCAAGGUUGACCUCGGCAGCAGGGGCAAGGGCGGAACUACAAUGGGCAACGAGAGAAGGGGGCAGCAACAAGAGCUACAAGCGCCACCGGCGGAGGGGGUGACGCCUACCGGGAGGGGGGUCGGAGGAGCGGCGGAAUUAGCAGCGAAUAGUGAGAUUGUCCUGGCCAACGCCUCGGUCGAUCUCAACGCUGUUAGAGACGGGUACAACUACGUUCAACUGUUUUCAUCGGGGCAUCGAGAUGAUGACAUGGACGAUGGUGGGGGUUCUUCGACGAGGAGAGCGGCCGAAGAACCCAACGACACAAAGAAACAUCUGCCGCUAAUUUUGGAGGUUUGGGACGAAGAUAUGCCGGGGACUAAAGGCGACUUCUUGGGGCAGGUUGUGCUGCAAGCCAACAAGUUGGAAGACCCGGCCCCGGGACCCCGAGGGAUCGUGCUGUCGAAAAAACCCGCGGCCGAGCUGAAGCUUUCCAAGCAGAAGCUCGUGCAAGGGAUGGUGGAGUUCUCCUUGGAAACUGUGCGCGCCGCAGCCGCUGCCGAAGCAGCCGCCUUGGCUGAAAGUGGUGGUACUAUUGCUCUCUCGAAAAACGUCGAGGGCGACACGUCAACAGCGUCCGCAACGGACAGAGUUCAAGCCGGCAAAGGAGGGACUGCGUCUUUCGCUGGCGGGGCUUGUAGGAAGGCGGAGAACGGCAGCGACGGCGAGACGACGACGGGACCUGUCUGGCGGGACAACAAUAAGGGUGCAGAGACCGGCAAAUCAGCUGAAGGAGGAACAAAUGCUGCAGCAGCUGCUUCGGGGCGGAAGGGCCGGCAACAACAACAUGCGGCGUCUGCUGCGGCGGCGACAGCCGCUGCUAAAUCAGUUGCUCAGCAGAGGUUGACAACCGAGUGGGAAGGGGUCACGUGGGACGAAGGCGACAUCCCUGAGGCCGAGAGCUUGGGUACAGUCAGCGUAGGAAUAGCGACCAUUAGUAGCGCCAGCCUGGGCACCGACGGUAGCAUCACCCUCGGUACCGUGGAGCUGGCCUCAAAGGACGGGGACAUGGCGCACGCUGGACUUUCAAACACAGUGCCCCAAGACCUUCUAGUUUGCUUGAAGGAGGUUGUUGGCGUAAGAGAGGCCCACAACUUUGGAGACUUGAAAUAUUUCUGCGUACUUGAAGUGGGGCAGCGCGAGGUAGACAGAACUCGCCAAGUGAAGCCUAACCCGGAAUUGGUAUGGGGAGCGCCCGAGGAACGAUUCCGCGUGGCGAUCGAAGACAUCAAGGAAUCAAAGCCCGCUCCGAACAGUAUAGGCUUUGUCAACACAACCAAUGCCACGGGUGCUGCCACUCCCGCUAGUGGCCGAGAUCCGCCAUCACUGGCUUCGGCAAAGAACGACGAGCAGGUGACACGGUCGCUCGCGGAGGCGGGGGGUGAUGGUGAGGGAGCCGGCGAGGCAACCUUCAGCGCGGAUCUAGACGGCGGCGCGCCUGUGUCUGUGUUGAACAUCCCGGCGCCGGCCUUGCGCCAGCGUAGCCAGCAAACACAUCACGGGCAGGAGGUGGCAGCGGGCGCUUCCUCCCUUACGAUAAGCGUAUGGAGCAAGGGGACGGUGAUGGGAGGGCGGAGGGAUGUCCUCGUGGGCACUGCGACGGUGCCCACGCGGUACAUCGACCACCCUCCAGGGGACGCCUGGAUUCCCCUCGCCGCCGGAGGGGAUAUCCACGGAGAUGGGCAGGCGGGGGGCAAGGCCGAACACGAGGCCGGAGGCGGUGGACGUGCGGAGGAUGCAGCAGUCGUUGGGACGGAAUCCAAGAACCCUGACAUCACUCCCGCUCCUGCCGGUGGAACCACCACCGUGAGUGCCAAACCGGGGCGAAGAAGUCCAUGGGGCAUUGGGCUGUUCAAGAGAGGAGGGGGUGAACGAAAGCGGGGGGGGGACACCAGUUCGGGCCAGCAUCGGACACUAAGCUCGAGUUCGGUUCACGUCUGGCUUGGAAAGGCCCGCAGGGGCAGCACUAGCGGCCAACAGCCUGGGGAGGGAUACGCGAUACUUCGGAUACACUCUGCGUCGGGACUGCGAAAGGCCGAUCGAUACGGAAGUUCCGAUCCGAAGUGCUUCGUCGUCUGGAACGGUGAAAAGGCCGGAUCGACGUCCACGGUGUACGAUAAAAGUGACCCUUGCUGGGACCGCGAAAAGGAGGCUUUCACGCUCCGCCUUCCUCGGGACCGAAGCUUGUGCCAGUUGCACGUUGACAUCUGGGACAUGGAUUUCGCAGGCACCAAAAGAGGGGAACGAGUGAUGGAAAGGGGCGGCAUCGAGGCGACAAUCGUUAACCCCACGGCCGCGGCUGUUGAUGCUGGUCCCACCGGGUUGAAAGUCACCGGCAGCGCCGGUGCUCUGAGCCCCGCCGCAGUGGUACCCAUUCCACGCCGCGACACCCGCCAUGGUAGGGGGGCGGGAACGGCGGGGGGGUUCGCGAGCAGGAUGAUGCACAGCGUCCAGAAGCACCUCCAGAUAGGCGACACUAUCACCGGGACGCUGACAGUUUCGCUAGAACUCUUUCAAUACGGCGAUCAAGAAGAGGGGCUGGCGCUCGGCGGAGGCGUUCGUGAGCCGGGGGCACCGCGGGCGCGCGCUGGGUAUGCGGCGUCGAAGUUCAAGGUGGCCGAGGAUAUUUACGAGGCGAGGAGAAGGAGAGAGAGGGAGGGCAUCAACGUGCCGCGGAUGUUGUCCAGAGUGCAGGAUCUGCACGACACGCUGAAAGGUUGUGUGAUCACGGGACCGGCGGCCGCCAGGUUUUCGGACAUGACAAAUGGAGCUGCGGCAAUUAUCCCCGAGGUCCUCGCAGGACAGGUCCUCAGUCUCGCCCGCCGGGCAGGCGGAGCGGGGGGGCACACUGUGCUGGCCGCUAGCGGCUGCGACGACCUGGCUCGGGACCGACUCGUCGUGCUGCUCCAACCCGCCCCCAUAGACGGGAUACACAGUGACGGUAGUGUUGUUGGUGGUGAGGUGGGUGAUACUGUUUCGCGGUCUGGUAAUCAAGGAGCCGUUGGGGAGAAGGAAACUGCGGCAGGGAGGGAGCGGCUGCGUCAAGAGAAAGACAGUGCUGACGUCGUGGUCCGAGGGGCGGAUGAAAGACCGAGGCAUGUCAUCGUCAUCCCUUGUCUGCCGGGCCAGAUAAGCAAGGAGGACGUCACCGUUGCGUUGGAACUGGCUAGAGCGGCGGACGAGGCUUGCAAUACCGUUCACAAGCGGCGAUUACGCCAGUACAUGCUGGAUCGCUGCGCCGAAAGCGUCGAAACGCUUUGCUUCAAGAGAAAACAGCACCACGAAGGCCUCUUUGGCGAUGUGGUGUCAACGCUGAAUCCCGCCUGUAGCGGGGCCGGACCGGAGGUCGAUGGCCCUCUUCGGGACAUGCCGGUAGCUGUGUUCCUCCUCUCCAGUGGAGGAUACCGCCUGAAUGUGGUGGCGUCAUCGGCCGGGUGGAGCGACGGGCACGCCUUCAAUCAAUGUUCGGCGGCGACGAGCGAGAGUGGCGAUGCCGGGGCCCGGUCUGUCACUUUGGCCGGUGAUUUGGAGUCUGUCGGGCGGUGGUCUGGGCCUCUGCCGAUGGCCAGCGGGCUGGUCAAGCGCGCUGUAGAACGAGGCGAUAUUUUCCUCGUCAUCGAAAGCACCGUCUACGUUGCCAACGUCUCGUGGAGCAGCAUCUGGCAAGAGACAAUGCCGCACAAGCACGUUUCGUCCAGUUCCGCCCUCGAGACGUCCGUGACCCUGCUCCGUGAAGCCAUCGGCCCAGAGGCUGCCAACGCCUUCGUGCUUGCCCCAUUAUGGGCCCACGGUGUCGGCUCCAUUGGUCUCAUUACGAUUGCCGACAUACCGUACGCGAAGCAGUCGCCUGUAGCCGGGCGUGGCGGCGGCGGCGGUCGACGAAUUAAUCACGGCCAUCGGGUGGGUUCUACAAGGCGACCGGGGAAGUAUGAUACUGGGCACGGUGCCUCACACGAAGAUACGCCAACGCUUGGAGAAGUGGGAAGAGGACAGCGCCUUCGCUACAAGGUUGGCGCGGGCGUCGUUGAUUUCGCAAGAAGGGUCGGUGUGGCCCUGGGCACCGCCGCGUUUCAGCUCCGGAACCAAGGCUUGGUUACGAGAAUCAAGGUGAAAGGGGGUGGGCAUAGUAGAUACACCAGUCCCGGCGACGGCUGUGGGGGCAAAAAUCGAUCUCGGUUGGGUUCUCCUCAUUCCCCGGCCCGGCCAUCACCACCACCGGUGGGUGGGCAGCAGGGGACCAGCAUACGAGGGACAUCCACCGCGCAAGGGACCAGCCGCAGCAGGAGCGUGACAAGGACAACGAACGUCCCGAUUGGAGACAGCAACAAACACGGACGGUUUUCGUCACCGCCCAGAAGUAUACGUCGGCCGGAAUUAGACGAAGUCGGGUUGUCGAGCUGGGACUCGCUUGACAUGACAUCCAUUCUCCGUUGGCCUUGCCCCUACGAGGCGGUCUGCAACAUCUACUCGGCCGCCGUCAAGGCGCUCACCGAGGGCUUGCCCUGGGUUCGCGCCGCGGACGUGUGGCACGUGUCUUCGAUCCCUGACCACAAAAAAGUCUUCGAGCCCGAAACACCUCCUCCACCAAUAAAGACUCGGAAGGACAACAACGACGUAGCCCUCGACGACGAAGCCAGCAUCAUCGACGGCAACAACACAGUAGACGGAGACAUGGGCAGGAUCGGUUCGUUAACCGUCGACUCUGGUGGCACUGCCGGGCACGGUGGAGAAAUCCGCGGCGGGGCCUACUUCUGCGAGCGGAUCGUCGGGAAGACGUGGUCGGGUUCGCCCGCCGUGAUUCUUCGGUCUCUGCGGGUACCGGGCAGGGACGAGGCUGUGUGCGCCGCCCGAUGGCUGCGCGGAAAUGGCGAGGGUGGCGGAGGCGUGUUCGGAGACGACGACGGCUGGACCGACCAGCGCCUCCGGUUGCUGGCGGACGAAUGGAGAGCGUGUACGUCGGCUGGCGGCAUGCCGGACUACGAGUUGGCGAGCGGCGGGGGUGGUGGUCCCGGAUUCCGGUGCCGAGACAUCACUGCCACCACCGCCCCCGCCACCGUAGGGAGCGGGACCUCCGGCACCGCCGCCGCCAUCGCGGGGUCCGACACCGCAGCGACAUUGUCAUCACCGCUACCCCUCGCGUUAUCACCUCGAGCGACGCCGCGUCCAUUUAUGCUGCACACCGGCCACGUCAUCGUCCCCUUUCUUAAUGGGCGCGUGCGGGAGACCGAGAAGGGGUGUCCCAACGUGGUCAUCGGGCACGGAGUGGUUCUCGCCGUCGAUCGCGGGGUAGACUGGCGGUGUUGGGAGUCCCACCUCACGGAGACCGCCGCGGUGGCCACGCGAUGCUUCGAUCGCUUGGAGCGCGAAGGGGAGAGUGUAGAGAGAGAACGGGUCAACGAUUGGGCGGAGAAACUCCUCAAUCGGAACACAGCUGGUCCGAAGUAGGGGCAGUAUAGACUUUGGUUUGUUUGACGGAGAGUUUGUUCGCGGUACGACUGACUGGCUUGACACCAAGCAGACGAGUACGGUCGAUCGUGUAUGGAGUAGUUCCGAGAAUGCGGUGAUCGGGACGUCGAAAAGUUAACGGUACUCAGUGGUCUCAUGUUCUACUUGACCUCUGGGUAACCUCAAAACAGUCUGCUGUGGUACCCUGUUCAGAUCAAGCCAAGUCUCGAUGGGUAAAGGGGGGCAAUGUGAUCUUUUGGCAUGUGUGGUUGGUUCAUGAUUUGUUUGUGACAGAUUCCGUGCCUUCACUCGAUCCUUACGACGCACACCUUCGAUACCACAAAGCGUGCCCCAAAACAGAGGAUGGAAUCGGCUAGCUGAUCGGAGUCAAGUUUAGCAAAGGACAACCGACGAAUGCCCCUCGAUGUGUCAUUCCCGCUCCCGUU